UCAUUAAUCAAGUGGCAGAAAGGCCACCGUCAACGUGAAAAUCAAGAAGACCCAAUCGAUUCUCAGAAAAACCCAAAAUCCACGAGUAUUUUUUUGCUUUCUGAUUUUCAAGACAGACCCAAAGCAAAAAGGAGGAAGCUUUCCGAUUUUUUCUUCAUUGCCGUUUUUGGAAACCCUAGAGUUGUCUGAAUUCCUUUUGUUCACGGGAUUUGAAUACCCCCGUCGGGUGGGGUUUUCUGACUAUGGUAACGCUGAAUAGCUCCAUCACUGCUUGGAUCGGUCACUUAAUCGCUUGCAUGGGAACAGGGGUUGUUUUGGAUGCUGCACUAAACCCACACCAAUUAUUGCCGUUGAUGAGCCAUCAAAGGGACUGAAAAUUCAAGGGCGCAUGGUGAGAAAACCUAGCGUAUCCGAUGAUUUCUGGAGUACCAGCACGUGUGAUCUGGACAACAGCACUGUCCAAUCUCAAAGAAGCAUCUCAUCCAUCAGCACGUCGAACCAGACCCUUAAUUGUGGAACUGGCAUUGGUAGCAUGAGCAGCAAUUCUGACUUAGUAAAUAAUGGUCUUCUUCUCUGGAAUCAAACCAGGCUUCAGUGGAUUGGAUCUGGCAGGUCCAGGGAUCGUACUGAACGGAGUCGGGAACCCAGAUUAAGUUGGAAUGCGACUUAUGAAAGUUUGCUUGGGACAAGGGAGCCUUUCCCCCAGCCAAUCCCUCUAUCUGAAAUGAUAGACUUUCUGGUAGAUGUAUGGGAGCAGGAGGGGCUGUAUGAUUGAGGAAGUGUAUCAUAUCAAGACCCCGCUGUCUUUGUAACUAUUAAGAGUUGUACGUGUAUAGUUGGGGGCCAAAGCAGGAUCAAAACGAUCAAACAGAUAUUUCUAAAUUUACUAUACUACACACUAAUGACCAUCGUUUUCUUUUCUUUUUUCCUUUUUCUCUUGUACAUGCUCUAUUUUACAUGGCCCUCUACCAUAUUCAAACUGAAUACAGAUGCAAAUAUGUCUAUGAUUAACACUGAACUUGAUGCUCU